GUCUGACUGGCGAGAUGACGCGGAGCCCUGCGCUGCUUCUGCUGCUGCCACCGUUGCUACUGGGGGCCCUCCCGUCGGCUGAGGCGGCGCGAGGACCCCCAAGAAUGGCAGACAAGGUGGUCUCACGGCAGGUGGCCCGCCUGGGCCGCACUGUGCGGCUACAGUGCCCGGUAGAGGGGGACCCACCACCGUUGACCAUGUGGACCAAAGAUGGCCGCACAAUCCACAGUGGCUGGAGCCGCUUCCGUGUGCUACCCCAGGGGCUGAAGGUGAAGGAGGUGGAGGCCGAGGACGCAGGUGUUUAUGUGUGCAAGGCCACCAACGGCUUUGGCAGCCUCAGCGUCAACUACACUCUCAUCGUUAUGGACGAUGUCAGUCCAGGGAAGGAGAGCCCCGGGCCUGGUGGCUCUUCUGGGGGCCAGGAGGACCCAGCCAGCCAGCAGUGGGCACGGCCUCGCUUCACACAGCCCUCCAAGAUGAGGCGCCGAGUGAUUGCACGGCCUGUGGGUAGCUCUGUGCGGCUCAAAUGUGUGGCCAGCGGGCACCCGCGGCCAGAUAUCACAUGGAUGAAGGAUGACCAGACCUUGACACGUCCAGAGGGCAGUGAGCACAGGAAGAAGAAGUGGACGCUGAGCUUGAAGAACCUGAAGCCCGAAGACGGUGGCAAGUACACGUGUCGCGUAUCCAACCGGGCGGGUGCCAUCAACGCCACCUACAAAGUGGACGUGAUCCAGCGCACCCGCUCCAAGCCUGUGCUCACGGGGACUCACCCUGUGAAUACAACAGUGGACUUCGGUGGGACAACAUCCUUCCAGUGCAAGGUGCGCAGCGACGUGAAGCCGGUGAUCCAGUGGCUAAAGCGGGUGGAGUACGGCUCUGAGGGUCGCCACAACUCCACCAUUGACGUGGGCGGCCAGAAGUUUGUGGUGUUGCCCACUGGUGAUGUGUGGUCACGGCCUGACGGCUCCUACCUCAACAAGCUGCUCAUCUCUCGGGCCCGCCAGGAUGACGCUGGCAUGUACAUCUGCCUGGGUGCAAACACCAUGGGCUACAGUUUCCGUAGUGCCUUCCUCACUGUAUUACCAGACCCCAAACCUCCAGGGCCUCCUGUGUCUCCUUCAUCCUCAACCACAAGCCUGCCGUGGCCUGUGGUGAUCGGCAUCCCGGCUGGUGCUGUCUUCAUCCUGGGCACCGUACUGCUCUGGCUUUGCCAGACCAAGAAGAAGCCUUGUGUCCCUGUGUCUACCCUUCCUGUGCCCGGGCAUCGGCCUCCAGGGACAUCCCGAGACCGCAGUGGUGACAAGGAACUGCCGUCAUUGGCUGUGGGCCUAUGUGAGGAGCAAGGGUCCACCAUGGUCCCCCAGCACAUCCUGGCCUCGGGCUCAACUGCCGGCCCCAAGUUGUACCCCAAACUGUACACAGAUGUGCACACGCACACACACCGCACACAUGCACACACACACUCUCAUGUGGAGGGCAAGCUUCACCAGCACCAGCGUGUCCACUAUCAGUGCUAACUGCAGCCAAUCUUCAAGCGCUGUGCCCUGAGGUAGGCAUAUGGGGACCAAGGCAGCAGGCUGGAAGGAUUGAGAACAGUGGAGGCAGAGUGGCUUAGGGUGGCCUGUGGUAGGCACUCACAAAUUUGGCCAUAUAGACAUGUGUUCUACCAGAUGAACUGACAGCCAGACCCCAACACAACACAUUUAAAAACACAAAUGUGUGCGCAAGUGCACGCACAACUUGAGAAGCCUUCAGGAGGAUUUGUGGUGUGACUUUUGCAGUGACAUGUAGCAAUGGCUAGUUGAAGGAAUCUCCCUCAAGUCUUAGUGGCCAUGGCCACUUCCCCACCCCUGCCCACCUGUGUCCCUGCCUGGCCUUGGUGGCUACUUUUGCCUACAUGUGCCCUGGGUGUCCAGGAGCCCACCAGCAACCUGGCUGGGGUGAGUAGGGCAAUCAUCCUGGAGAUUUGAGCCACCCUCCCCUUGCUAGAGAGAACGGCCUCAAUAUUUAUAUUUAAGAAGUGAAAUAAUAUUAAUAAUGAUGUAAGGAGGGCUUUGACACAGAAACUCUGACCUGCCCUGG